UUUCAUUCGCUGUUGCGCCGGCAAACUGGUCGGACGUGUUUUUUGUCGCUUGCGUUGCGUCAUUACCGCCGUUCGCGGAGUAGCAUUUCGAUUAGCGCCGUCCGCGCGGGGGUGUAGAUCUGGUGCGAGUUGUUUCACUAGAGAACAGUGGUUUUGCGUGAUAAGAAUAUUUGUGCGAAAGAGAAUAAAAUUGUUUUGCGGAAAGUGACAUUGGGCGGAAUCAACUAUUAGUGCUGUAAGCAUCUAUGAAAUGUGUAUCGUGAAAGGAUAAAUUUAUUGAGCGCAGAAGUGUAUUGACCGAAGAGAGGAGAUAAAUUGAAAAUAUUUAAAGUUUUGCACCCACGCAUUCUGAGGUGAGGCAGCACGGCGGAACAACCGUCCAUGGAUUACGAAACCAAGCGACAACGAAGACGCAAAGUGGAGUUCCCGGCUUGUGGUUUAUUGUGCUUUGUGCGAGCGUGGAAAUAAUCGAAUUGUGUGUUGAAUUGAUGAAUCGUGCGUGACGCGAUCCAGUUUACGACGCUUCGUGAAGGUGGAUAAUCUUUCGCAUUUGACUCCGAAGACGACAAUAAUGGUGCAAGAAGAUUUACACUUUAACGGAGUUGGAAACACAUCGUGAUGGUGAUGGUGCUUAUUCAAUGAAGGAAGAGUUCAUCGUCACUUAGCGUGCUCGGUGCCAUAUGGAUGGAUGGUUGAAGUCAGUCUGUUUUAGCCUAUCGCUAUGUAUUGUGAUUGUGUGCCAAAAGACCAUUAGAAUCAGCGCCCUUCUCGGUCGCGGGAAGCUCCCCCAGUCAGUGUCCCAUUAUUUCCUUUCCCAGCGCGAGAGCUUAGAAUACUUACACAGCGUGGCUUGACGAACCAAGCCGUGUCUCGUUAGUUUGUUUUAGUUUUUGAUGGCGUGAAAAAUCGAAAAGCCUGAUUGAAACGAAGAGAUUAGAGGAGAGCUCGCGCGCGCGCUAAAACACGGGGUCGAUGGUGGUGGCCAUCAAGGUAAAGGUGUCAGUUCUAAAUUCCGGCACGUCGUCGGCAACGCUGCGGAGGUCCGCGAAGCAAGUGGCGGGGUCGAAUGUGAAGUGAACGCGACAUCAGAGAGUACCUACCUACCAGCACGAGAAGAAACAAAAAACGUGAUUUUGGCGAAGACAUCGCCCACUGAUUCUGCCGCUUCUGGUUAUGUAGGAAAUCGUGCUUCGCGGCGCUAUUUGUGCUGGCCGGGGAUGGUGAUUCGAAGAAUUUCUUGUGUUCGAAGCUGAACUGAUUAGAACGCUGCGGUUGAAUCGACGUGCCAACGAAUCGUAAAAGCCGAAGGAAUCUCGAUCCUCGAAGAGAUUUUGACAGUUGCGAGCUGUAUAUGGGGGAACACCGAGUGGACCGAUCGUUUCUAUAGUGGCAGUAGUGGCGGUUGCGAAAUGUAAACAACGACACACCGCAGCAUGGUUUCGCUAAGCGCCACCACCGCAGCAGCAACCAUCGCCACCCAACCGAAUGAAGCCAGAGCGGGACCAAACAGCUAACAGAGGAGGCCGCCGCGUUCGCGCCCGUGAAAUGGGCUAACCAUGUGUGCCGCAUGUUGGAGGAAUAAGUGAACAUGGCCUACUGCUUCUACUAGGAACGCUAGAAUACGUGAAAUUAAAAAAAAAGAAGGAAAAACAGUUCAGUGCCGCCGGAGAGUGUAAAUUUAGUCCGCGAAAGACCCCGACGGUGUGGCGUGGAAGUUGAAAAUAGGGAAACGACAACCACGAAAGGUUAACGAUUAAUUGCCCGGAGUCUUGGCCCUCCGAAACAGUAAAGUCGUGAAAUGUUCUCGGCCGUGUCCGGCAGCGGCAGGGAACGAAACGUUGCGAAACGAAGCGGGCUACUACCAAAAGCGCUUCUCGCGAGCGGCUAGGGGUGACGUCAUUGUUGCAAGCAAAGGGCACGCCACGCCACAAGUGAAAGGAUCACGUGACGAUUGGUAAUUAAGUAGUGCACUACUGAGGGGUAGUUUUGUUCGAGAAAAGUGUGUGUGUGGUGUCUGUGGCCCAAAAGGCUGAUUCGAGUUGUCCUCGAAAGGUCUCGGACGCGGAAGUAAAUUAUCGGAGAGAUGGUCAGGAGUUACAGAGAUAAAAGAAUGUUUCCCACCUUUGCCAUGUGGCACUGCUGGCUGCUGGUCGGCCUGAUACAGCGGACCGUGGUCGGACUGGAUCCCAAGUUUGACCCCUCGACGCGGAUGCGGUUGGUGCUGGUGCCGGCCGAUGCCGCCGUGGGUUCCGUCAUCUACCGGUUACGGGCCACGGACGAGGAAUUCGAGUACCCGCUGCAGUUUGAACUUGUUGGUGACGCCUCCUCGUCGACGGUCCAGAUCGAAACCCUCCCGUGCACCAAGUUCAACUCGAUUUGCCAGGCGAACGUGAUCCUGACGCGGCGGCUGGAAGCCGGCCGGUACUACGACUUCCAGGUCUCGGUAAAGGACACCAAGGGCGGCAUGUCGAUCCAGAGCUGUUCGAUCACUGCCACCAACUUCAGCACCCCGCAUGACCUGAUUUUCCCGCACAAAACCGGAAUCAUCAUGGUGCCGGAGGACGCCAAAAAGGGAACCGAACUAGACUACGUACUGGCAAACAAGAACCCACUUCUGGCCAAACCGGUCUAUCUGGAACUAUGGGGUUCUCCACUGUUCGCCAUCCGGCAGAAGAUCAUUUCGCCAGAGAUGACCGAAGGAACCAUCUUCCUUUUGGGACCGCUGGACUUCGAAAAGCAGGCCAUGUACCAUCUCACCGUUCUGGCAAAUGAUGCCUACGCUGAGCCAGGACAGGACUCGAGGAACAUCGCCGGCCUGGAGGUGGUCAUCAUUGUGGAGGACGUUCAGGACGUUCCGCCGGUUUUCACUGUGGCACCGCCGGUUACCCGGUUGCCACCUGGGCUAAUCCCCGGCGAUAAGGUCCUUCAAGUGCACGCUGAAGAUGGUGAUAAGGGAGUCCCCCGAGAAAUUCGAUAUGGAUUAGUAUCCGAGGGAAAUCCAUUCACGUCAUUCUUCGACAUCAAUCAAACGACUGGUGAAAUCUCCCUCCUUCGCCCGUUGGACGACAUUCUGGCGCUCACGCACGUCGGUGACCCGGUCCUGUUAACCGUAAUUGCCGAGGAGGUCAAGGUCGCUCGCGAUGAACCCCCGGCUAUGGCGACAACCGUUCAGUUGGCUUUCUUCCUUCCGGAACGAAGCAACUCGCCUCCGUACUUUGAAAAUGACCACUACGUCACCCGCUUGGAGGAAAAUUGUGCACCUGGCACCACGUUAUCCUUCACGGAUCCGUACACGCCACGAGUAAUGGAUGACGAUGCCGGGAAAAACGGCGUGUUUUCGCUCACGCUGAUCGGGAACAAUGGAACGUUUGAAAUUUCGCCUAACGUAGCCGAGGGUCAUGCUAAUUUUGUAAUCCGAGUUCGGGACAACUCUCUGCUCGAUUACGAAACGGCUGAAUAUGUUCACUUUCAGAUCCUGGCUCAAGAAUUGGGACCAGCAACGAACUUGUCAGCGUCAGUUAACGUAACCGUCUACCUAUCAGACGUGAACGAUAAUUCGCCCAUAUUCGAGCAGAAUGACUACAUCGUUGAUCUGCCGGAAAACAUGACAGCUGGGACCAGAGUUGUCCAGGUCCACGCCACUGACGUAGACACAGGCCUUGGCGGUAAAAUCCGUUACACUCAAAUACUCGGUCCUCAAAACACUUCCCUUAAUCUUGACCCCACGUCAGGGGUCAUAACCGUCGCUACCAGUAACCAUGGUUUCGAUAGGGAAAUCAUGCCCGAGUACCACUUGUAUAUUGAAGCCCGCGAUGAUGACGGCAUUGGUAACCGUGCCCAAGUACUGCUCGUCAUCCGCCUCAUCGACGUCAACGACGAAACCCCCACGUUCGAGAAAUCCCUUUACGAAUUCAUCCUCUCCCCAAAUCUUCGGAACUUCACCGUCCCUGCGUUCAUCAAAGCCAUCGACAACGAUGCCGAACCACCAAACAACGAAGUCCGAUACGAACUAAUCUACGGAAACUACGAAAACAAAUUCGAGCUCCACCCCAUCAGCGGAGAGCUCAAGCUCACAUCCGCCCUGGUGCGGCGGAGCAAAACCGCACGCCAACGGCGUCAAACUAGUCAGCAGUCUUCCGAGUCGGACGUGUUCGUCCUGACUGCGCGGGCCUUCGAUCUGGGGGUCCCGGUGCGCUUCUCGACCACGACCAUCCGGGUUUACCCGCCGGAAAGCCGAACCCGCACGAUGACCUUCAUCGUGCCCGGACACGAUCCGGAUAGGGCCAAGGUACAGGAAACCCUGGCCGAUGUCACUGGAGGACGCGUCAUCAUCCAGGACAUUCGGCCGUACAACGGGAACGUUCCCGGCGCCACCGAUAUCGGUGGUAAUAGCAAGGACCGCAGUGUGGUCCUCGCGACGAUACUCUACGACGGGGACUCCGUUGUGGAUAUCGGCCGCAUCCAGCAAAGACUGUCCGUUAACGGAACCGUAACCAACAGUAUAAGUCAGGAUGAGCGAAGUGCGAUCCUCUACAAAGCGGAGAACCGUGUCCUGUUCUGGCUGUUGAUAUUCCUAGCCAUCUUGCUGGCGCUGGGUAUCCUAACCCUGCUGCUGUGCUGUAUCUGUCCAUGGUGUCCGCUGUACGCCGCCACGAGAAAAAGAGUAAUUAGAGUCAAUAGUAUCGAAGAUGAUGUACAUCUUGUUCAUAGGGAACAAGGCAUUGGAAAACAGUCAAAAUCUGUUCAGGUCGCGGAAUGGAUGGGACGAAGAGAAGCCUGGUCGGCGGAUCGAUCGUCCGAUUCCCGUACAAAGCCGACGCGCUGGGAAUUUAGAGGAAGACGACACGCUAACAAAGCACUGACCGCUGCCGCAGCCACCGGUACCGGCCACGACAACCGAGGUAACACCAUCGGCGAAGACGACGACGAUGAUCGAGGCGGUGGUGGUGGAGGAGGAGGCGGUGGUGGUGGUGGUGGCAACGGGCGCCGAGUGGUCAGCGAGAAGAAAACCAUGACCGACGAUAGUGGCGGCGGCAAAGCGAAAGACCAGACUGUUAAGAUUAGAAACGAAUACAAAUCCAAAUCGGCCAAAAAUCACGGCUCCAGUGGAGGCAGCGGCGGAGGUGCCGGCGCCGGCGAUGGCUUGCAUCGUUCUCGCAGCAAUCUACUGAACAACGAACAGCGGGAAAUCUACGUCGAGGAUGUGGACGAGCACGAUCCGGAGUACCAGACGCUGCGACGGGUUCAUCAGCAUCCAACGCAAACCCAAAUCGACGACGAUUCCAUGCGACGACACGAAAUGGAUCGGGGUAGCGACUUGAACUACGAACGUAGAGGGAGCUUCAAACGGCAAGGUGGGAUCGGCGUGGAGGAUUCCCUGGAACCGAGGGAUCAAUACUAUAUCAAAGAUGGCAAUGCGGAGAUUCUGCGGUUGAUUACCAGAGGAAGAAAUGAGGAGGAGAACAUUUACGUGAAUGUGCCGCAAAGAGGCGGGGAACGUCGAGGCGGUGACGUGGGAGGUCAGGGGCAGUACAUAAUGGUUGAUAACGGCGGGAAGGAGAUAUUGAUGAGGAGAUACAUCGAGGAACAGGCGAAUGGAAAACAGAUUAUUAGGGAACACUAUCAGUUACUUCCCGGUACGACAUUCAUUCAGACUAUUCCAAAUGAAGUUCCUGGGUACCGGGGUGAUCACGUGACCGAGGUUAAAAUUGGACAAGAGCAAAAAUCGAACCGCGGGGGUUCUAACAAAGACGACGAUGAGAAUGAGAUUCAGAUUACGCACGCAGUGUCAAAUCACUCAUUGAUCCAACAGGAGUUGGAAAUGUCUCUGAAGCAACAAAACGCACUUUUGAGACGGAUAUUGCUAGAAAAAGAGAAACUCGAAGAGAAGUACAAGGUACAGGAUCAGGCGAUGGAGACGCAAAGCCUUCCAUGCCAGGCGGUAGUUGCGACGCAGACCGAUUGCGAAACGGCAACGCAAACCGAACCAGUGAAGGUGGAACGUAGGCGAACCAAAAGCGAGAACGACGAUUCUUUCUCGGAGGAUGAGUAUGAAUACGUGAAGUACAGCCCACCAGACAGUCCGGAUGAUGUUUAUCUGAUCAAGCGAAAACGUACUCGCAAGAAGACCAAAUACAAGCCUAGCGGUGAUCCAAAUGUCCGAGGAGGGAAGCGAUUCAUCACAGUGGAAUCGGUUAAGAGAAAAAUCCGAACGCCCAUUCAGGAGGAAGAGGAACCCCGCAAGUCGCCGCCAAGACACGGCGAAACCCGUGCAAGUAUUCUGAGGCGAAAAAAGAACGAAGAGAGACUGAAGAAGGACGUGCUGAUGGAAAUUUCCGAUUCAUUGGAGGACAAAGAUACCAAAAAGAAGGAUAGGCGAAAGAAGGUCUACAAGAAAAAUGUGAAGUACUUUGAAGACUCCGACGGGUCCGAUAAAGAAGUGGUGCAGAAAUAUUUUUCAGCCGAUAGCCUGGACAUCAAUUCGGACAUGGAAGACUACACGUACGAGGUAACGACCACAUCCAAGUCGGUAACGGUUUCACCACGAUCUGGCAUUCAACAGAGGAUAUCCAGGAAAGACAACAAAUCAGAAAGCACUUCCACAAGGAUACGACUGACAACCUCCGAAUCGCCCUCUCGAUCGCAGAAGGGCCCUGCGCCGAAACCUCCUCGCAUAGCCAAGUCGUUGUCGAAGGAAAGGUUAGAGGACGGUAGAGAAAUUCCUGCGAAAUAUAUGGAUUGGUAUCACAAUCUGAAAGAUGAUUCUCUUGAGAAAAAGCCAGUGAAGUGGAAAGAAUAUGAGAAUACGAAGAAGGUUGUUAAAAAGAAGCUCGUUUCAUCGUCGUCGAAGGAAGACGAGCCAAAAACAGGCAAACCCGAACCAAUGCCACGAACAUCCCCUCCCAAAGAUGCUCGUCUUUUGAAGGAAGACAUUCAACUAGCGAAAAAGGUUCAGUCUCAAUCCUCCAACGAGGGUGCAAGCCAUCCUCUGUUUCAGCACUCCGAGCAUCGAUUCGAAGCGGAAUACGAUGCUAAUUCUCAAGUUCCUCCACCUCCGGACAAGCUUCCUCACUAUCUUUACCCGGAAACGCCCCCCAUCGUGAAUCGGGACAACAAAGUCCAAAUCAAGAUCGUCGACUCCUCCAUCUCGAAACCAUCUCCCAUACACGAGCACGAGGUCAAAGAACCGCGUCCUCGACUGUCGGAACCGUCCAGCACGGCGGCCGCCCCGGCCACCACGACCAAAACCCUCAACGCUUCCACCCUGGAAGACGACCACGACUCCGGCAUCGCCAUGAACUCCCUGCUGCACAACAAAAGCAAACGGCACCCCCUCACGGACAAGAAGAGCAUCUUCACCAUCGCGUACGACGACGUACGCAUCCGGCAGAUCCGGUCCGAAAGCGACACUCCACCGUUCUCCUAACAGCGGCCGCAGCAGUCUGCUCAGCAGCUUAGUAAGCGACGGCAGAGGCGGAAGAGCAGCGAGCAGCACCACUCCGAAGCCGAACAGCAGCAGCAGCAGCAACGACGCGGACACAGCCAAUAGCAAUAGCUGGCGCUUUGUAGUCGGGAAAGCUAGCGAUGAGAGCGAUGAUGGUGGUGAAGUUGACGAACUGAAAUAAGGUUUGGACGUUAUCGUAGUUAGAUGGAUGAAGAGCUUCCCAAUGCGCAGUGAUCCAAAUGGGGCAAAUACCUAUUUAAACAAUUCUUUUGUGACUGACUUUCAAGUUUCAUUUCCACAUUUCCUGUUGAAAUUGUAAUCGGAAUAUUGUUAAGUUUCCAAUCUAUACUUUGAUGGGAUUCGAAAAGAAAAUUUCAAAUCACAAUUUUAAAACGCUUGAGUCAAAACGUUAUACAUUUUAGGAUUUUUAAUGUUUUUGUCCCAUUUUUGGAUCCCUGUAAAGCGUCAGGAAUUGUUUCUUCGAAUGUUUUUUUCCUAAUCAGAGUACAAAAUUGAUAAGCAAAUCGUUGAUCCGACCAAUCCUCGUGUCGCGGGAUCACACUACUGCAAGCAAAUUCUAAAGUUGUAAGGAACGUGAAACUGCCAUAAGUUCUAAGAGAAGUUCACUUUUACCCGCCACAUUCGAACGUGAAAAGAGCGCCAUUUUUUUCUAGCAAAAAAAAUCAAAAACGUUGAGUACGAUAUGAUUUAAGUGUAAUCAAACAUAGAAAAAUUAUAAUGAGAUUAUGAAAGUAGUUUCACACUACUAAUAUCGCGAAACUCUGCCACCUCCUACCCCCCUUACACCAGCCGCCGACAUUGUCGUUUUUGGUGAAAGUUACUCGUUUUAGAUUCCUAAUUCUUUACGUGGCAGACCCCCUCCCUCCUACAAAGUGUCAUUUCUAGGUGAUAAGUUAGCCAACAGCUACUACUCUACUGUAUGUAAAUUGUUCAUUUUAUUUCUAAGUAAGUCGCUCUGUAAAUAUUAGUUUUCCGACGCGUAGAAAGCGAAUCAAUCAAUCGUGAUAAGUGCGAACGCAUUCCAUGACUUCCCAUUGGAUAUUGUUUUAACUAUUUUAAUCUUACGUUUGAUACCGAUAUUAGGCUAGUUAUCAAAUAACUAGUUUUCUUAAGCUCAGAAUGUACGCAAUCUUCCAGGUUCGAACAAAACGCACGCGUGCGCGCAUCUGUGACUGUUCUGUUUUUUAGUUUGAAGAAAAUUGUUUCGCCCUAGUUGUGUUUUUGUUUGUGUACAAAUCGGAAAACGUUUGAAAAUUUAGGCAAGCAAUUGCAAGUGAAUCUAAUCCUCGUUCUGUGUUAUAUUUUUAAAGUAGGUUUCAUUGAAUCGACUAUCAACUGACAGCGUUCAGUUUUGGAUAUUACGGCUGUAAGCCAUAACGCGGGAAGCAUAGGCGCUUUCCUCACCUGUAAAGUAGAAGUUAAGGUUUAUGUAAAAAGUAAUUGUACGAUGGUGAGCUUGCUCCCUUUUUUCGCUCCCGUUUGCGGGUAGAAAGUAUUCAUAGUCCUGUGUAUAAGAGGUUUAUAGAAGUUACUUAAAUAGAACUCUGUAAAUUGAGAAUUAUACUUUAGCAAAAGCAGAAUAAGAAAUACAAAAGACGAUAUUUUGAAUAAA